AUGGAGAUGAAUGUUCUCGAGGAUUGGACAACUGCGACAGUAAUUCUCAAUGUAUUAAUACUAUUGGAAGUUUUUCAUGCAGAUGUAACCAAGGUUAUAGCGGAAAUGGCGUUAACUGCACUGGUAAGUUCUGCGACUUGUUAUUGCCCACAACUACCUAAACUCAUUCACCCAAGAAUAUCAGUUUUUAUAUCUCUUUAGAUAUAGAUGAAUGUUCUCUAUCUAUUGACAACUGCCACCAAAAUUCAAAUUGCACCAACAUUGAUGGAUCAUUCAUAUGCACUUGUGGUAGUGGAUAUACUGGAAAUGGAGCUGUUUGCCAAGGUAUUAUAUAUGUUGUGCAACUUGGGAGAGUCAAUUCCGUUGAAAAGCGUCAUAAAAGGGGAGCUGAGAGUAAAUCUGCACCAGGAAAAAGUGAAAUAUAUCAAGAUAUUGAAGCGUUCAAGAUACUAAUGAAGUUUUCGCCUGUAUUCUAAAAAGCUCACUUACGCACAAAGCGUUGAGGUUUAACACUUUGCGAAAUAUUUUGGUGCGAUUGGCGAAGGCACGAGAUUUCUAGGGCGGUAUGGGGGAAUGCUCCCCCUUGCAUGCAUUCUAAGAGCACAUUUUGUAAGAAAUUUCAGAUUUUCAGAACAUCAAUUUAAUGGUGCAUUUUGUUAUAAAUCAUAUGCUAAGCAUAAAAAACGACAUUUCAGGGGAAAAAAUCUAGAUUAUUAAAUAAAUUUGUGAAUGGAAUUGCAAGGUGGUUUAACUCUUUCUCGACAAGUCCUACACAUCGUCAGAUUUUCUAGAACUACUUGACGACUUUGUAUGUUCAUAUCUUCGGUUUAGUGCAUGCUAUGAAUACAUUAAUACCACCAUUUAUUUAGCUUCGCCUUGACAAAAAACGUACACAAUACAAUUAAGUACAACAAUUCAUAUACCUGAGACAUAAAAACAUAAAGCGUUAACUGCAAAUGUGUUAUAUAACAUUAGUUAUUGAUGAAUGUUCUCUCUCUAUUGAUAACUGUCAUACAUACUCUACCUACAACAACAAUGAUGGAUUUUUCUUUUGCACUUGUGACAAUGGAUAUAUUGGAAAUGGAGUUGUUUGUGAAGGUAUAUGGGGUGAUGAUGAUUUUGCAAAUCAUUGCAGUUGAAAGGACACAGUCUCAACCAAGACUGUUCGCAAAAAUAAGGAAUGGCAAUUGAGUAAUUUUAGUUGGAUGAAUAAUAUCGAGUUCAAAAUGUUUACUUGGACUAUAGUGAAAUAUUUUGAAGAAACACCUAUUCAUUUUGUCAAAUUAACAAAAACUAUUUGGAAAAUGUUUUUAGACAUAGAUGAAUGCUUUUCGUAUAUCAAUAACUGUCGCCACAAAAAUUCAUACUGCACCAACACUUAUGAAUCUUUCAUGUGCACUUGUGGCAAUGGAUAUUCUAGAAAUGGACUGUUCGCAAAAAUAAAUAGAAGUCUUUGUUUUUGGAAGAUAGCAUUUGAAAGGAUAUAAGAUUUCGACCAAAACCUGCAAAUCUCCUAUUUCAAAAAUAGGAAAACAUUUACAUCUCCCAAGAGAUCGAUUAUUUAUGCCAACUGUUUCUUUAUGUCUACAGACAUCAAUGAUAAAACCUCAUAUUACCUCUCUUAAAAAAAGCAAAACAUUUAUACACCUUCCUAAUUGUUUAUGCCGACUGAUUCUAUAAUUCUUUAGACAUCAAUGAAUGUGCUCUAUCAAUUGACAAUUGCCAUGCAAACUCAACCUGCAGCAAUAGUGACGGAUCUUUUCUUUGCACAUGUAAUGGUGGAUAUGAUGGAAAUGGAGCUGUCUGUCGAGGUACAGUAUAUGUAGAUGUUGAUGUACUAUUUAAAAAACGAGCAGGAGUGUUUAUUAGGUUUAAAGCCACGAGCGCGCAGUGCGAGUGGCUUUAGACCUAAUAAAACACGACCCGCGAGUUUUUUAAAUGACUUCAAAAACGUAUGCAUAAUAAGUCAAAUCUUUAUAUAAAAAUCUUUAUACAAAAAUCUUUAUAUAGUUUGCAUAACAAUGGUCUUUUGUUAAAGUGUUCUUUAGCUGGUAUAAAGACGUAUGCACGUGACUAAUUUCUUACUCAAGAUUGGAUAAUUGCUUCAUGAAUUGUUAAUGAGUUUUUGAAGAAUGUGUAAAUCAUUCCAGUUCGAAACAACCUCAUUCAUAGUUAAAAAUAUUAUUGCCCAGCAAAUAACUCGUAAAAGAGGCAUAUUCAAAAAACAUUUGGUAUAUAAGAAAAUAUUUAUUGAGUAACGUUUCGUCACAUUUAAUAAAAGCGACAUCAUCAGAUUAAAUACAGUUAAGCUAUUUCAUCUAUUUUAUAACAAAUUUUGAAAAAAAUAUAUGAUACACAAUUAGAAAGGGUUAAAAAGCUAAAAUUAGAAAUAUAAAAUGUUGAUGAUAUAUUGACAUGUACAAGAUACUGCAUGAGAGUAAUGAAAGAUAUACUGAUGAUGUCGCUUGUAAUGUGACGAAACGUGACCCAAUAAAUAUAUUUUUUAUAUACAAAAUGUUUUUUGAAUAUGCCUCUUUUACGAGUUAUUUGCUGGGCAAUAACAUUUUUAACUAGAAUUCGAUUUCCGCUUGGUAUUUCUAUUGCUGAAAUAUUAAGAAAACCUCAUUCUUUUUCCCAAUUAAACAAAACUCUUUGAUAUAUGUUUCUAGACAUAGAUGAAUGUUCAUUAUCUGUCGACAACUGUCACAAAAACUCAAAUUGUAGCAAUACUGAUGGAUCUUUCUUGUGUACUUGCAACACUGGGUACACGGGAAAUGGAAAAGUUUGUGAAGGUAAAUAGAAGGCUUAAUUUUUUUAAUACAGUAUUGCGGAGGAUACUACUUUGUUGAAAAACCUAAUGUGAUUGUUUACAAAAAAUACAGGUAAAUCCAUUUGCACUUUCUUGAGAGUUAAUGGCAAGUGUAUUAUAUAACUUUAGACAUUGACGAAUGUUCUCUAUCUAUUGAUAACUGUCAUACAAACUCCACUUGCACCAACAGUGAUGGAUCUUUCUUUUGCACUUGUGACAAUGGAUAUACUGGAAAUGGAGUUGUUUGCGAAGGUAUAUGGGUGUUGACGAUUUCGCGAAUCAUUGCGGUUGAAGGGACACAGUCUCAAUCAGGACGGUUCCCAAAAAUAAGUUAUGACAAUUGAGUAAUUAAUUGCAGUUGGAUAAAUAAUUUUGAGUUCAAAAUGUUUACUCAGACUAUAGUGAAAUAUUUUGAAGAAACACCUAUUCAGUUUGUCAAAUUAACCAAAACUAUUUGGAAAAUGUUUUAGACAUAGAUGAUGCUUUUCGUAUAUCAAUAACUGUCGCCACAAAAAUUCAUACUGCACCAACACUUAUGAAUUUUUCUUGUGCACUUGUGGUAAUGGAUAUUCUAGACUGUUUACAAGAUCAAUAGAAGUCUUAGUUUUUGGAAGAUAGCUUUUGAAAGGAUAUAAGACUUCGACCAAAACCUGCAAAUUUAUUAUUUCAACAAUAGGAAAACAUUUACAUCUCCCUAGAGAUCGAUUGUUUAUGCCAACGGCUUCUAUAGGUCAUCAGACAUCAAUGUCAAAACCUCAUAUUACCUUUCUAAAAAAGCAAAACAUUUAUACACCUUCCUAAAUUGUUUAUGCCUACUGUUUUUAUAAUUCUUUAGACAUCAAUGAAUGUUCCCUAUCAAUUGACAAUUGCCAUGCAAACUCAACCUGCAGCAAUAGUGACGGAUCUUUUCUUUGCACAUGCGGUAGUGGAUAUAAUGGAAAUGGAACUGUCUGUCGAGGUACAUUAUGUAGAUGAUGAUGAAUUUUUAAAUCAUUCCAGUUCCAAACAACCUCAUUCAUUUUCCCAAUUAAACAAAAACUCUUCGAUAUCUGUUUCUAGACAUAGAUGAAUGUUUAUUAUCCGUCGACAACUGUCACAAAAACUCAAACUGCAGCAAUAGUGAUGGAUCUUUCUUGUGUACUUGCAACACUGGGUACACUGGAAAUGGAAAAGUUUGUGAAGGUAAAUAGAAGUCUUAUUUUUUUAAUACAGUAUUGCGCAAGAUAGGCCUACCAGCACGUUGUUGAAAAACUUGUGAUUGUUUACAAAAAAAAAUCCAUUUACACUUUCUUGAGUGUUAAUGGCAACUGUGUUAUAUAACUUUCGACAUUGAUGAAUGUUCUCUAUCUAUUGAUAACUGUCAUACAAACACCAGACAUCAAUGACAAAAUCUCAUAUUACCUUUCUAAAAAAAGCAAAACAUUUAUGUACCUUCCUAAAUUGUUUAUGCUGACUGUUUCUAUAUUUCUUUAGACAUCAAUGAGUGUUCUAUAUCAAUUGACAAUUGCCAUGCAAAUUCAACCUGCAGCAAUAGUGACGGCUCUUUUCUUUGCACAUGUAAUAGUGGAUAUAGUGGAAAUGGAACUGUCUGUCAAGGUACAGUAUGUAGAUGAUGAUGAAUUUGCAAAUUAUUUCAGUUCCAAAUAAGUAAUGACAAUUGAGUAAUUGCAUGUAGGUGAUGAUGAAUUAGUAAAUCAUUCAAUUUCCAAACAACCUCACUCGUAUUCCCAAUUAAACAAAAACUCUUUGAUAUAUGUUUCUAGACACUGAUGAAUGUUUAUUAUCUGUCGACAACUGUCACAAAAACUCAAACUGCAGCAAUACUGAUGGAUCUUUCUUGUGUACUUGCAACAAUGGGUACACUGGAAAUGGAAAAGUUUGUGAAGGUAAAUAGAAGUCUUAUUUGCGUAAGAUAGGCCUGCUAGUACUUUGUUGAAAAACUUGUGAUUAUUUCCAAAACAAAUCUAUUUACACUUUCUUGAGUGUUAAUGGCAACUGUGUUAUAUUGAUUGAUUGAUUGACUUUAUUGACACUCCCCUAAAGGGGCUUUUCAGUGACAAAAAUAUAUAUACAUAUCAAUUAAUUACUAUAAUUAUACAUGAGAUCCUAAAUUCAUAUAAUAAGAUCACGCAAUUACUUUAUACACAAACACGACAUCAAAUUCUUGACAACAAGAUUAACAACAGCAGCAUACAACAUACAUCAACAUCAUCAACAGCGACAGCAAAAACAACUACAACAACAACAUCAACGACAAUAACAACGACAACGACAACAGAAAAACAUGCCCUUAGGCUAACUAUCUAGAAAUUGCUGAAGCAGUUCCCGUUUCAGUUUAGAUUUAAAGCUUGGAGUAGAUUUGCAAAGUUUUAUGUCAGGGUUAAUGUUGUUCCAGAGAGUGACUGUUCUGUAUUGGAAUGUUCUUUGUCCUGCAGUUGAUCUGUAUAACGGAACAUCCAGCUGUUUAGUAUUUCUUGUAUGGCGACCACUCACUUCACCUCUCGUUUUGAACUGGGAAGAUAAGUAGGCAGGGGCGCAAUCGUCGCGACUGUACAGAUGUGACCAGGGCGCUUAUAUAGUGGGCGGUGCAACGCGCUGAUGUCGCGCUGAUCGAUGUGUGAUGCGGAAAAGGACUGGCACGAGCGUGCAUUUCGGCAAAAGUUGACAAGGAGCGUGUUUGUUUCUGCUGUUGUUUUUUCGCUGUUUUUUUCAUUAACUACGAAAUUCUUGAGGAUGUUUUUGCACUGUAACAACGAAGUAGUAACUAGUGUAUCGUACGAAUACUUGUUUGGCCUGUAUAGUUGAAUUUUGAAAGAAAUAUUGAGGAUAAUGAGUCGGGCUUUUGAUGACUUCAAUGAAGGGAAAUUUUCAAAACAGCAUUUGGGCAUGUUAUCAAGUCGUCCAAACUUCGAAAUUCAGUUGAUGGUAAAGAUUAUAAUUAUGUGCUUAUCUCCAAAUGUUUUCAUAAGACUCGAAGUUGAGCAAAUGAAUAUACAGCGUUGGAAAGUGAGGUAGUUUUGUGUGUUAAAUUUUGCCUCGUUUCACCAUUAUUUCGCUGCAAAAAAAUAAACAACAAUUGUAUUUUGGCCAUGUCAUGAUUUUUUGUUAUUAUGUUAAUAAUUUUGUACGACUUUUAAAGCAUUCAAUUGAAGUAAUUCUGAGUCGUAAACAUAUUUUACUUCUUGGCCUUUGAAUCAAAAUACGACUCGCUCGGACGUUUGUUGAGCGCAAUAGUCGAAAAAGUUGCGUCCCAACUUUGAUUUUUUUUGACCGGCUGGCCAAGACAACUUCUCGUAAGGAUUCGUUAAAAAAUACAAAUUCAAGUUGAACAUUUCUUGAUUUUCAACUGAAAAGAUCAACUAGUGGCUAAAAUUAAUUAUGAAUUGUAUUCUAUCGAACGUGAACGAUACGUGUACGUGCGUACGAAGAGUUUUAAAAACCUUUCACGUCAUGUUUCUUGCGAAAGCAACCGUUCGUAAGCUUUCGCAAGCGUUUUGAGCAAAAACUCUAAAAUAUUGGCAGUAUUACCGGAAAAUACAAUAGCAGAAUCUACUAAAUUAUCGUAUAACAUCGGAAUUUUACCCCCAAUAUCUAUUUCUUCAUCAAAACUUGACUACAAAACAGUCAAAACUUCCAGCUCAGUUUUCCCGCCAUAUUUAUCCUUGCCAUAAGACAACAUCGCCAUAGUAACCACAACAAACUCGUUACUAGUUCAUUGCAUCACACAUCUGCCUAUAGCCGUUUCACCGCCCUAUAUAUAAGCGCCCUGGAUGUAACUUCACGGGAAACCAGCGCAGUUCCUUCAGUAUCGGGGUGAUGUGGUCAAAUUUCCUUCUCUUGCUGUUCUGUACUGCGAAGUUCUGGACUCCCUGAAGUCGGGAUAGGUUUCAUAGGUUGCUGCAGGAAGUAUUUGACCAAAGCCAGGAACAAUAGUACAGUUUGCUAAAUACUAAGGCGUUGAUGACAGUUAUUAAAAGGUUUUUACGGAAGACACGCUUAGCGCGAUUUGUCUGCCAGAGACUUGACUUACAGGAUGAAAGAGUAGAAAGGAUAUGAUUGUCGAAGGAGAGGAUUGGAUCAAACUUAACUCCGAGAUCUUUCACUGAUGAAGCAGGUGUAAGUUCCUUACCAAGUAGCGAGAGUCUAAAAUCAGGUAACUUCAAGAGCAUUUGGCGGCUUCCGUAGACCAUCAAUUUAGUUUUGUCUGGAUUCAGCAAGAGCAGGUUAUCAAAGCACCAGUUUCGCAUUCUAAUCAAAUCCUCGUUUAGAUCAGUCAGCGCAAUGUUCGAGUCAUUGAUUCGGAAGGAUAGAAGGAGUUUGGUGUCAUCAACGUACGAUUCUGAUGAACAAUUUUUGGCGACUGACGCAAAUCAUUCACAUAAAUACUGAAAAGUAACGGGCCCAGAAUACUUCCCUGUGGGACACCACUAACCACUGGCAGUUUCUCAGAUAGAGUAGAGUUGAUACGUACUGCUUGGUAUCUCUCAAUGAGGUAACUUUUAAACCAACCCAGGUAUCUAGACGAGACACCAACGUCCUCAAAUUUAGCAAAACAUUAGACAUUGAUAAAUGUUCUCUAUCUAUUGAUAACUGUCAUACAAACACCAGACAUCCAUGACAAAACCUCAUAUUACCUAUCUAAUAAAAGCAAAACAUUUAUGUACCUUCCUAAAUUGUUUAAGCUGACUGUUUCGAUAUUUUUUAGACAUCAAUGAGUGUUCUCUAUCAAUUGACAAUUGCUAUGCAAACUCAACAUGCAGUAAUAGUGACGGAUCUUUUCUUUGCACAUGUAAUAGUGGAUAUAGUAGAAAUGGAACUGUUUGUCAAGGUACAGUAUGUAGAUGAUGAUGAAUUUGUAAAUCAUUCCAGUUCCAAACAACCUCACUCCUUUUCCCAAUUAAACAAAAACUCUUUGAUAUAUAUUUGUAGACAUAGAUGAAUGUUUAUUAUCUGUCGACAACUGUCAUAAAAACUCAAACUGCGGCAAUACUGAUGGAUCUUUCUUGUGUACUUGCAACACUGGGUACAAUGGAAAUGGAAACGUUUGUGAAGGUAAAUAGAAGUCUUAAUUUUUUAAUACAGUGUUGCGUAAGAUAGGCCUACUACUUUGUUGAAAAACUUAAUGUGAUUGUUUACAUAAAAAAAUAAAUCGAUUUACACUUUCUUGAGUGUUAAUGGCAACUGUGUUAUAUAACUUUAGACAUUGAUAAAUGUUCUCUAUCUAUUGAUAACUGUCAUUCAAAUACCAGAUAUCAAUGACAAAACCUCAUAUUACCCUUCUAAAAAAGCAAAACAUUUAUACACCUUCCUAAAUUGUUUAUGCCGACUGUUUCUAUAAUUCUUUAGACAUCAAUGAGUGUUCUCUAUCAAUUGACAAUUGCCAUGCAAACUCAACCUGCAGCAAUAGUGACGGAUCUUUUCUUUGCACAUGUAAUAGUGGAUAUAGUGGAAAUGGAACUGUUUGUCAAGGUACAGUAUGUAGAUGAUGAUGAAUUUGUAAAUCAUUCCAGUUCCAAACAACCUCACUCCUAUUCCCAAUUAAACAAAAACUCUUUGAUAUUCAUUUCUAGACAUAGAUGAAUGUUUAUUAUCUGUCGAUAACUGUCUCAAAAACUCAAACUGCAGCAAUACUGAUGGAUCUUUCUUGUGUUGCAAAACUGGAUAUACCGGAAAUGGAAAAGUUUGUGAAGGUAAAUAGAAGCCUUAUUUUUUUAAUACUGCAGUAUUGCAUAGGAUAGGCCUACUACUUUGUUGAAAAACUUAAUGUGAUUGUUUAUAAAAAAGAGUAAAUCCAUUUACACUUUCUUGAGUGUUAAUGGCAAGUGUGUUAUAUAACUUUAGACAUUGAUGAUUGUUCUCUAUCUAUUGAUAACUGUCAUACAAACACCAGAUAUCAAUGAGAAAACCUCAUAUUAUCUUUCUAAAAAAAGCAAAACAUUUAUACAGCUUCCUAAUUGUUUAUGCCGACUGAUUCUAUAAUUCUUUAGACAUCAAUGAAUGUGCUCUAUCAAUUGACAAUUGCCAUGCAAACUCAACCUGCAGCAAUAGUGACGGAUCUUUUCUUUGCGUAUGUAAUAGAGGAUAUAGUGGAAAUGGAACUGUCUGUCAAGGUACAGUAUGUAGAUGAUGAUGAAUUUGUAAAUAAUUUCAGUUCCAAAUAAGUAAUGACAAUUGAGUAAUUGCAGUUGGAUGAAUAAUAUUGAAUUCAGAAUGUUUACUUGGACUAUAGUGAAAUAUUUUGAAGAAACACCUGUUUCCUUUGUCAAAUUAACGAAAGCUAUUUGGAGAAUGUUUUUAGACAUAGAUGAGUGCUUUUCGUAUGUCAUAAUAAACUGUCAGAAAAAUGCAUACUGUACCAACACUUAUGGAUCUUUCUUGUGCACUUGUGGCAUUGGAUAUUCUAGAAAUUGGCUGUUUGCAAAGAUAGAUAGAAGUCUUAGUUUUUGGAACAAAGCAUUUGGAAGGAUAUAAUACUUCGUCCAAAACCUUCAUAUUACGUAUUUCAAAAAAAGGAAAACAUUUACAUCUCCCUAGACAUCGAUUGUUUAUGGCAACUGUUUCCAUAUGUCUUUAGACAUCAAUGAGUGUUCUCUAUCAAUUGACAAUUGCCAUACAAACUCAACAUGCAGCAAUAGCGAUGGAUCUUUUCUUUGCAAAUGUAAUAGUGGAUAUAGUGGAAAUGGAACUGUCUGUCAAGGUAUGAUAUGUACAUGAUGAUGAAUUUGUAAAUUAUUUCAGUUCCAAACAACCUUAUUCCUAUUCCCAAUUACAUAAAAACUCUUUUAUAUAUGUUUCUAGAUAUAGAAGAAUGUUUAUUAUCUGUCGAUAACUGUCAUAAAAACUCAAACUGCAGCAAUACUGAUGGAUCUUUCUUGUGUACUUGCAACAAUGGGUACACUGGAAAUGGAAAAGUUUGUGAAGGUAAAUAGAAGUCUUAUUUUGUAAUACAAUAUUGCGUAAGAUAGGCCUACUAGUACUUUGUUGAAGAACUUGUGAUUAUUUACAAAAAGGAAUCUAUUUACACUUUCUUGAGUGUUAAUCGCAACUGUGUUAUAUAAUUUUAGACAUUGAUGAAUGUUCUCUAUCUAUUGAUAACUGUCAUACAAACACCAGACAUCAAUGACAAAACCUCAUACUACAUUUCUAAAAAAAGCAAAACAUUUAUGUACCUUCCUAAAUUGUUUAUGCCGACUGUUUCUAUAUUUCUUUAGACAUCAAUGAGUGUUCUAUGUCAAUUGACAAUUGCCAUGCAAACUCAACCUGCAGUAAUAGUGACGGAUCUUUUCUUUGCACAUGCAAUAGUAGAUAUAGUGGAAAUGGAACUGUUUGUCAAGGUACAGUAUGUAGAUGAUGAUGAAUUGUAAAUCAUUCCAGUUCCAAACAACCUCACUCCUUUUCCCAAUUAAACAAAAACUCUUUGAUAUGUAUUUGUAGACAUAGAUGAAUGUUUAUUAUCUUACGAUAACUGUCAUGAAAACUCAAACUGCAGCAAUACUGAUGGAUCUUUCUUGUGCACUUGCAACACUGGAUACAAUGGAAAUGGAAACGUUUGUGAAGGUAAAUAGAAGUCUUAAUUUUUUAAUACUGUGUUGCGUAAGAUAGGCCUACUACUUUGUUGAAAAACUUAAUGCGAUUGUUUACAAGAAAAUAAAUCGAUUUACACUUUCUUGAGUGUUAAUGGCAACUAUGUUAUAUAACUUUAGACAUUGAUGAAUGUUCGCUAUCUAUUGAUAACUGUCAUACAAACACCAGACAUCAAUGACAGAACCUCAUAUUGCCCUUCUAAAAAAGCAAAACAUUUAUACACCUUCCUAAUUGUUUAUGCCGACUGUUUCUAUAAUUCUUUAGACAUCAAUGAAUGUGCUCUAUCAAUUGACAAUUGCCAUGCAAACUCAACCUGCAGCAAUAGUGACGGAUCUUUUCUUUGCGCAUGUAAUAGUGGAUAUAGUGGAAAUGGAACUGUCUGUCAAGGUACAGUAUGUAGAUGAUGAUGAAUUUGUAAAUAAUUUCAGUUCCAAAUAAGUAAUGACAAUUGAGUAAUUGCAGUUGGAUGAAUAAUAUUGAAUUCAGAAUGUUUACUUGGACUAUAGUGAAAUAUUUUGAAGAAACACCUGUUUCCUUUGUCAAAUUAACGAAAGCUAUUUGGAGAAUGUUUUUAGACAUAGAUGAGUGCUUUUCGUAUGUCAUAAUAAGCUGUCAGAAAAAUGCAUACUGUACCAACACUUAUGGAUCUUUCUUGUGCACUUGUGGCAUUGGAUAUUCUAGAAAUUGAAUGUUUGCAAAGAUAGAUAGAAGUCUUAGUUUUUGGAACAAAGCAUUUGGAAGGAUAUAAUACUUCGUCCAAAACCUUCACAUUACGUAUUUCAAAAAAAGGAAAACAUUUACAUCUCCUAACAUCGAUUGUUUAUGGCAACUGUUUCUAUAUGUCCUUAGACAUCAAUGAGUGUUCUCUAUCAAUUGACAAUUGCCAUACAAACUCAACAUGCGGCAAUAGCGAUGGAUCUUUUCUUUGCAAAUGUAAUAGUGGAUAUAGUGGAAAUGGAACUGUCUGUCAAGGUAUAAUAUGUACAUGAUGAUGAAUUUGUAAAUCAUUUCAGUUCGAAACAACCUCAUUCCUGUUCCCAAUUACAUAAAAACUCUUUUAUAUAUGUUUCUAGAUAUAGAAGAAUGUUUAUUAUCUGUCGAUAACUGUCAUAAAAACUCAAACUGCAGCAAUACUGAUGGAUCUUUCUUGUGUACUUGCAACAAUGGGUACACUGGAAAUGGAAAAGUUUGUGAAGGUAAAUAGAAGUCUUAUUUUGUAAUACAGUAUUGCGUAAGAUAGGCCUACUAGUACUUUGUUGAAGAACUUGUGAUUAUUUACAAAAAGAAAUCUAUUUACACUUUCUUGAGUGUUAAUCGCAACUGUGUUAUAUAACUUUAGACAUUGAUGAAUGUCCUCUAUCUAUUGAUAACUGUCAUACAAACACCAGACAUCAAUGACAAAACCUCAUACUACAUUUCUAAAAAAAGCAAAGCAUUUAUGUACCUUCCUAAAUUGUUUAUGCCGAUUGUUUCUAUAUUUCUUUAGACAUCAAUGAGUGUUCUCUAUCAAUUGACAAUUGCCAUGCAAACUCAACCUGCAGUAAUAGUGACGGAUCUUUUCUUUGCACAUGUAAUAGUGGAUAUAGUGGAAAUGGAACUGUUUGUCAAGGUACAGUAUGUAGAUGAUGAUGAAUUGUAAAUCAUUCCAGUUCCAAACAACCUCGCUCCUUUUCCCAAUUAAACAAAAACUGUUUGAUAUAUAUUUGUAGACAUAGAUGAAUGUUUAUUAUCUGUCGAUAGCUGUCAUAAAAACUCAAACUGCAGCAAUACUGAUGGAUCUUUCUGGUGCACUUGCAACACUGGAUACAAUGGAAAUGGAAACGUUUGUGAAG